GUGACACUACCUGCCCAACCUGCGCUGCGACACCCGGUCCCACCCCUUGAGUCAAGCGGCAUCGCCAACCCAAGCGGCCUCGCGUCCUUCCCCCAGAUCCCACUCCUUUUCCCUGGACCCCACGUCUCGCUGGCUUCCCGCUCGCUCUCCGGCACAGAGGAACCUUUGCCCCUUCCAUCGCCUCCCUGGGUGCCUCUCGUCCCGCCCCGCGCCGCCUGCUUGAGGCUCCGCAGCGGGAAGGAGGAAACCAAGCGCCGGCAGCGCCAUGGGCAGCGCCGAGGAGGAUUAUAACUUUGUCUUCAAGGUUGUCCUCAUCGGGGAGUCCGGGGUGGGAAAAACUAACCUGCUCUCCCGCUUCACCCGCAACGAGUUCAACCACGACAGCCGCACCACUAUUGGCGUGGAGUUCUCCACCCGCACCAUCACGGUGGGAAACGCUGUGGUGAAGGCUCAAAUUUGGGACACAGCCGGGCUGGAGCGGUACCGCGCCAUCACCUCUGCGUAUUACCGAGGGGCCGUAGGUGCCCUGGUUGUCUUUGACAUCACCAAGCACCAGACGUACAACGUGGUGGACCGCUGGCUGAAGGAGCUGUACGACCACGCCGAGGCCAACAUCACUGUCAUGCUGGUGGGGAACAAGACUGACCUCGCGGAGGCUCGAGAGGUGCCCAUGGAGGAGGCGAAAAUGUUUGCAGACAACAAUGGGCUGCUGUUUGUCGAGACCUCGGCGCUGGAUUCCACCAACGUCGAGCAGGCGUUUGAGACCAUCCUGAAGGAGAUCUUCCACAAAGUGCAGCAGCAGAAGCAGAGGAGCAGCCAAAGCAACACGGUGUCACUCACCAACGAGAGCCCGGAGAGCGCGGCCGUGGCGCAGCCGGAGAAGCGCCCAUGCUGCGUGGCCCUCUGAGCCGGCCACGCGUCCCAGGGUGCCCCCGGGGACCCCCCAGCCCUGGACACGCCAGUGGGGUAGAGCUGGGUCUGCUUCCAACAUCCAUCCAUCCGGCCACCGGCACAGAUGGUGUCACCCCCGUCCUGGUGCGGUGCGGACCAGCAGUGGCCAAAUUCUGCCAUAAACAGUGGGAAGCGCCGAUGCCGCGAGCUCUGCUCUGUCUGCUUUGUAUUUGCUGGACCCUGAUCAGCACCAGCACCAUGUGUGGAUCCCUCCGCCCCUCCAGAGCUGCGGUGCAGAGGACUGAGAGACCCCAGGCACCGCUGGGAAGGAACCAGGACCUUCUCGGCCAGGAUUGUGCCAGCACCAGGAGCCACUCCGACUGCCUCUGGCCGUGGCGUUGCUCCCGCGGGUCCACCCUGUGCCACACGCUGGGGAUGUGGCCGUCCCCGCAGGUCUCUGACUGCUCCAGCAUCAUCCCAAACCCUACGGAGCAAAGUGGCAGUGCUCAGCCCUCGGCACACCUUCAUCCCCAUCCCAGAUAUGGGACAAGCGUGGUGGUAGGACCUCAAGAAGGUCCCUCCCAUCUGCACGUGGAACGGGGCUCGGUGCAGAGCCAAGGGGCGCAGGAGCAGCUCCGUGUCCACCACAACGGUGACUCAACCAUUAAAGGACUUGCGAAACGCAGGUUGG